GGCUUAUUUGUGAGGAGAGAGAGCUAAAAAGCAUUAUAAAUUAGGAAGAGAGAAACAGAGAAGCCAAGAACACCUCAAAAAACCCAAAGAGAGCUUCCAUUACAGCUAGCUCUCCGAUUCUCUCUUUGCUAGAUCUCUCAUUUUAUCUUUCUGUUUCUGUUUUUCCUGUUGCCACAUUUUGUACAUUUAUGCGCUGUUCUGCUUCUGGUUUCCUUGUUUUCAGAAGCAGAAAGGUUCUAUUUUUAGGAAAAGGAGGCAGAGAGACAGGGAGCUUCUCGUGAGGCUUUUUAUACAAAUCUUCAGGUGCUGUAUUUUCUGUGCAUUUGAGGUUGGUUGGUGCCUUGAGAUCUCAACUGGGUUUGUAUUUGUUUUCUCAAAUGUGGUGGAGGUUGAGCCACUGACUUAAGCUCUUCCUCCAUUGUUUUUUGCGUAUCAGACCUGCAAAAUCAUCCACAGAAAAGAAAAUACUCGCGCUCUUUUCAGAAAAAAAAGCUCCUCUGAAUCCAUUUUGGUCUCUUGGAUUUCUCUUGGAAACCAGAAAAAAGCAAUCUUUCCACUUUUUCAUAGCUUGCUUUAUCCCAUUUGCCUCUCCUCUGUUUCUGGCUCUGUUUUCUUGAGAAGAAAUCAUAGAAAAAGUCCACAAUGGAACGGCUUUCAACGGCGACCUUUAUACCAGAUACAUUUUUAGGUGCCAGAGAUGACUUUUCCAUGCAAAUGGGAGUGAUUUGGAGUAAGAUCAAAGCCCCAUUGAUCGUUCCUCUGCUAAGAAUCACAGUUGUGCUGUGCUUGAUCAUGUCGGUUAUGCUCUUCAUUGAGAGGCUGUACAUGGCCAUUGUCAUUGUUCUGAUAAAGCUUUUUGGACGAAAACCAGAUAAGAGGUACAAUUGGGAGCCCAUGAAAGAUGAUGUUGAGUUGGGAAACUCAGCUUAUCCCAUGGUUCUGGUCCAAAUCCCAAUGUACAAUGAAAGAGAGGUUUAUCAGCUUUCAAUAGGAGCUGCAUGUGGGCUAUCUUGGCCUUCUGAUAGGAUCAUCAUUCAAGUCCUUGAUGAUUCAACAGACUCAACUGUCAAGGACAUGGUGGAGCUAGAGUGCCAAAGAUGGGCAAACAAAGGCAUAAACAUCAAGUACGAGAUAAGAGACAACAGAAAUGGGUACAAAGCUGGGGCUCUCAAAGAAGGCAUGAAGCGCAACUACGUUAAACACUGCGAUUAUGUCGCCAUCUUUGACGCUGAUUUCCAACCCGAGUCAGAUUUUCUCUGGCGCACCAUUCCCUUCCUUGUCCACAACCCUGAGCUUGCUCUCGUUCAGACUCGCUGGAAAUUCGUGAACUCAAAUGAGUGCUUGAUGACAAGAAUGCAAGAAAUGUCACUGGAUUAUCAUUUCACAGUUGAGCAAGAAGUGGGCUCCUCCACUUAUGCCUUCUUUGGAUUCAAUGGAACCGCUGGUGUAUGGAGAAUUGCUGCAAUCAAUGAGGCUGGAGGAUGGAAGGACAGAACCACAGUGGAAGAUAUGGAUCUGGCUGUUCGAGCUAGUCUCAAAGGCUGGAAAUUUGUAUAUCUUGGUAGCAUAAAGGUGAAGAAUGAAUUGCCAAGUACUUUCAAGGCCUACCGCUACCAACAGCACAGAUGGUCUUGUGGUCCAGCUAACCUUUUCAGGAAAAUGGUCAUGGAAAUUAUAAGAAACAAGAAAGUAUCACUAUGGAAGAAGAUCCAUGUGAUUUACAGCUUCUUCUUCGUCAGGAAGAUCAUAGCACAUAUCAACGCAUUUGUAUUUUACUGCAUUGUCUUACCGGCAACUGUUUUGGUUCCUGAAGUUGUGGUGCCAAAGUGGGGAGGAAUUUAUAUUCCUUCCAUCAUUACUCUUCUCAAUGCAGUUGGCACUCCAAGGUCACUCCACUUAUUGGUGUUCUGGAUCCUAUUUGAGAACGUCAUGUCACUACACCGUACGAAGGCUACAAUUAUCGGUCUGCUAGAGGCUAGUCGAGUUAAUGAAUGGAUUGUCACUGAGAAACUUGGAGAUGCUCUUAAGACUUUGACAGUAGCCGCAAAAUUACCCAGGAAACCUCGAAUCAGGAUUGGAGAAAGAAUUCAUUUGCUAGAGCUUGCUGUUGGAUGUUACCUCUUCUUCUGUGGCACUUAUGACUUUGCCUUUGGGAAAAACUACUUCUACCUUUUCCUUUACAUCCAAGCAAUGGCCUUCUAUAUCAUUGGGUUUGGGUAUGUUGGGACAUUUGUUCCCAACUCUUAGUGGGGCUGCUGCAGAAAUACUACAAAAUUCUGUUAACUGCCCUCACUAUAUGCUGGAAUCGCUCUCUUCUUCAGCAAAAUAGUAGCAAGCUUGCAAAAAGAGAGACCAACAA